AAUAGUGUGACUAAAUUGAAUGCAUGAAUGAGUGCAUUAGCAUAAUCCCUGCAGCUAGAAAUUGACUGCUAUCGAUACUCUAACAACUCAUGCCUCACUUGCUAUUCUAGAUGCUUCAUAAGGUGAACAGAAAAAAAAUCAAUUAUUGCACUGCUGUUGAGGAUAUAGGCAGGGGAAUAAAACUGUUUUAACCUCGAUGGAAAUACAUUGACGGAUGAAGCUUGCGUAUACUGAAAUUGAGCUGGAGAAAAUAUUGGGCCAAAUGGUCUUCAGACCAGAAUGAUAUGUUGGAUUUGUGAGAUGUUGACACUUAUCUAGGGAUAUUACAUGAGUGGCAACAAUAAUGGCUAAAAUUUGGCUGAUUUUAGUCAGUUUUACGGUUAUUUGGAAACCGCAGACGCAAGCUACCAUUGACUCAACAUUAGUUGAAACUGCUGCUAAUAACUUUGGUAAUAGUAUGCAUGGCAUAAGUAUUCAGUUUAGUGGAAGAGACUUCUUAAAACAGGCUUUUGAAAAUGACAGUGCUUCUCUUACUGUUAAGAAGAUCAAUGGAACAAAGAUGGUUUUAGACAUUGCUGAAAAAAUUGAAAAUAUGCUUAAUAACAAAGUUGAAGCUGUAGAAAAAUUAGUAGAUGCUGCAGAACAAGCAAAUCUUGCACAUGAAUAUAAUGAAUCUAUAGAGUAUAAAUAUUUCAAUGCCUUGCAAAUAAAUCAGAAAACUGAGGAUGGACAAUAUCUGCCAUUGGGUGGUAAUUUUACAUUGACACCAGACGAUCAUUUUAAUGAUGAUGUCAACCUCACGCAAAGUACAGUACAAGUACCAACUAAUGUUUAUAACAUGGGUACAGAAGUACUAAACCACAUACAGUUCACAGCAGAGCUAGAUCAACAAUUUGUGGAAAACUAUGCAGAUGAUCCUACAUUAACUUGGCAGUAUUUUGGAAGUAAAACAGGUUUCUUUAGGAAUUUUCCAGGUAUCAAAUGGAACAUUGGAGAGGAUCCGUUUGACACAUUUGACUGCCGCAAACGAGGGUGGUACAUAUCGGCUGCAACAUCACCAAAAGAUAUUGUUAUCUUAAUCGAUAAAAGUGGCAGCAUGCUGGGAAUUUUAUUGGAGAUUGCAAAACAUACGGCUCGAGUGAUUAUUGAUACCCUCGGGGAUGAUGAUUUCUUCAACGUGUUAGCUUUUAAUGAAACAACAAGUUAUACUGAGCCUUGUUUUGAAGAUAAUGAUAUGUUGGUACAGGCAAAUGCUAACAACAGAGAGUUAAUUAAGGAAAGUCUAGACAAUUUGAAAGCUGGGGGUCUAGCAGAAUUUGGAGUUGGUCUGACAGAUGCAUUUGAGCUUCUUCUAAAGUACAAUGAAACGACGAGUGAAAGUGAGUGCAAUCAAGCUAUAAUAGUGAUAACAGAUGGUGCUAGCAAGACGCAUGAUGAUAUAUUUGAACGGUACAAUGAAGACCAGAGAGUGCGUGUGUUUACAUACCUAAUGGGACGUGAGGUUGGAGGAGCUCCGGCAGUUAAGAAGAUGGCAUGUAACAACAAAGGCUAUUAUACACAGAUUGCCACAAUAGCUGAUGUAGAUGAAAAUGUUUCGAAAUAUAUCCAUGUUCUCAGCCGUCCAAUGGUAAUUAAAGAAAUAUACAACACGGCUUGGACAAGCGUGUAUAUGGAUAGUGCAGCCAGUGAUGAUACCCUAGCUUUGAUGACAACUGUAGCGCAGCCUGUAUUUAACAAGAAGAAUGAUACUAAAAAGCAGGGUAUUUUGCUUGGUGUAGUUGGAGUUGAUGUCCCAGUUCAUGAACUUCUCAAGUUGACACCAGUAUACAAGCUUGGUGCUCGGGGUUAUCCCUUUGCCAUCACCAACAAUGGUUACAUCCUGUUUCAUCCUGACCUUCGGCCUAAAUGGGGGAAUGAGACCAAACCAAAUUAUAACAGUGUAGAUUUAGCGGAAGUUGAGCUAUCCGAUGCAAAUGACACGGUCAAGCGGGUGUUUGCAGCUGAUUAUAAUAUGGAGAUCCGAAAUGCCAUGAUCAAUACAGAGACUGGUGAAAUGACGAUUCAAGUAGUGAUGCAUACGUCAAAUCUUACUCGUGUAUCAGUGAGGAACAAUACCUACUUCUACACCUUUCUAGAUGACACUCCAUUCAGUUUUGCGAUUGUGUUAGUUGAGCCCUAUGGUUUCUAUAUCGUUGAGUCAGAUGCUCCCUAUUUUACAUUGAAUGCUGAUGAUGAAUAUGCUCCCGAACUAGAUAAACUGUAUGGAGACUUUGCGGAAGGUAUCGAGAGAAAUGCUACACUCUUUCGAAUAGCAAUUGAAGGGAACUUUUUUGAUGGAAAUCUGACAAUUGCAAGGCGCUGGCCCUACUGCUCUUGGACUACAGAAGAAAACAAGGAGGAGAGAAAGGAUUCAUUAGUGACACGACUUUUCCAUGCUGUCUUGGAAAGCAAGCUGGACGAAGAUUGUGAUGCUGACAUGAUAAACCAUUUAUUAUUUGAUGUGAAAAUCACAGAGAACAUGCCUGAAUAUUGGAAGUCGGUUUACUCAGAUGAGAACUAUUCAGGCUAUUUCUGCUAUCCUGGACCCCCAUCCUCCUCAUCAUCCAACCUUACUACCCCAACAUUAUCAUCUGUUGUCACUGAGGCAUGGGACAGAAUGACGCCUGUCUCACAGAAUAAAACAGAGAUUCGCUCUGCGAGAAGUGCAAGUGAAGAAAAUAUAGUUUGUGUUAAAAUUAACAACCAUUCAGCUACAGAAAAUGGUAUCCUGAUGUCUUUCUUAGGAACUCGUGGAGGCCUUUCACGCUGGUACAACAACCCUGAUUUUGAGAAUGUUGAUGAUUUUAUAAAAUCUAAAAGUGAGACGAUUGAAGAGGACUAUUAUUGGCGUGCAGUGGAGUUAGGAGAUGAUCGCAUCCUUUACUCUGUACCGUUAUUGACAAAUGGUUAUGUUAGAGAUCCAAACUCCACUUUGAAAGUUACAGCUAGUACAAUUCUUACUUUUACUAAAGAUGAUAUUGGGCCCACAGUAGUUGCAGCUCUUGGAUAUCAAAUGUUGUGGAGUAGCUUUGCUACAAAUCUGGUUGGCAACACAAUUUGUGAUAAUGAGAAUGUUGAUUGUCUGCUUCUUGAUGAGAAUGCAUAUAUAAUGUUUUCAGAAGAUGAGAAUGAGGUUGGACAGCACUUUGGCAAAGCAUACUUGAGACUAAUGACAGAACUGGUGAAUGUUUCUGUGUAUGAAAAAUUUACAUUGGUAGACUAUCAAGGAAUGUGUUCAGAAACUGAAAAAUUCUCAAGUGCCGGAUCUACCAUUCUUGAUCCUUUCUUCUCAUUGACUACAUUGGUUGCAUGGUGGUUCCAUCAGGUGGUCAUAUUUCUUGUUCAGUUCAGUAUUCAAGACUGGUGGUACUCAACAGGGGUCGAAGCAGAAUGUAAGCCUACAUAAGUGCUACUUUCAUGAAUAGAAAUUCCAUUUUAUAUGUGUUUAUAUUGCUUUUCAUUAUCAUAUUUACAAAAAUGGAACAUGUAUGUUAUUACAUUUAAAUAACA